UUCCUCGUGUCGGCUAUCAUUCUUGGGCCGAGAGCGGGACGGACUCGUGUCUACGACGUGAAAUUAGUGCAUGUCGCUGGUCGCGAGUUGCCGUUUUAAUCGGGAAAGAUGGAGGUGCUGAUAGAUUGCUAUUUCGACAGGCUGUUCGCCGAAAUGGAUCGCAGCUGCCUCGCGUCCAGGUACAAAAGGCGCGAGAUGGUCAGCUACUUCUCGGACGUGAUAAACAGUUGCUCGCAAGCGGAGAACCUGGACAAGCAAGACGUCUGCGAGAGGAUAGUGAUGUCCGCCCUCCGCUACCACAACAUCGCGAUGAUGCAGAACGGUUACGUGUGCAUGCUGGGGAAGUUCCACAACGUUCUCUACGUAGCGGCGAAGCUCUGCUACGACUGGAACUUGGAGAACAACGAGGUCGUCUCUCGACUGUUGAACGACAUAUUCUACUGCGAGAAGACCUUCGAGAGGAUCAUGGUGGGCGCGAUAUUCGGCACGCGGGUCACCCACUUCCUGUCCGGCUGGAAGAGCGACUUCGAAGAUCGCGAGGAGAACAUACGAGCGUUAGUGUACUUCCUGCACCACGCGACGCUCGGCCGUCUCGAAUACCGCUGCGAAUCUUCCGCCGUCAAGAGACGCCUGAUCGACGUCCCCAUGGAAUCUUACGGGCAGGCGUGGCCGUUGAGGGUGGCCAUUCAGCACGGCUCCCCGGACAUCCUGCUCGUGAUGCUGCGUUACGGCGCUUCGGUCGAGUCCGAUAAAAUCGCUCCUUCGCCGCUGGAAAUGCUGCUAACCAAGCUGAACGAGUACGAUCUCCAGCCGGGCCAAGGCGAAGUCAUCUAUCCGGAGCACUUGCUCGUCUGCCUGCGGCUGGUGCUGAGGACCGUCACCACCGCGUUCGUCAAAACGCCCAGCCACAUCGCCGAGCAGAGCGGUGUCUUCAGCAUCUCCUUAUACGAGCAAUAUCCGAACCUCGUGGAACGUAACCUGGUCCCGCCCGAACGAAGCGGUCUAAGCCCGCCGGAAUUGAGGCACUUAUGCAGAUGCUGCAUCAGAGAGACGAUGUUCGCCAACUGGGCUUUACCGCACGGCAUCAAGGCUCUGCAGAUACCGGAGUCGCUGAAGAACUACCUGGACCUUCUCUGCGACUGAUAUUCAUCGACUUAACGCUGGGACUAUUCGACUUCUUCGAUUCCUUUUAUCGGAACUACGAGACUGUGUUUAUUGAGAUUUUCGUUGACUUCGGUUUGAGUUUUGUUGGAUUAGUUUCUUUAGUAGUUUUUUUUGGAGAAGUAUGUUUUUAAGUAUUUCGAAAAUAGGAAUCAGGAAUGAGUCAUUCUGACUCAUCUUGUGGUUCCAGCGUUAAUAACGUUACGCGGGUACGGAAGAGAAGGGGAGGGAUAUAAAUAGGAUUUUAUACUGAUGCCAAAGAUGCAAGCUAGUCCGAUUAAACGAAGGCCUGGCUCGUACGUAUUUUUUCAUGUAUCGGAAAGAAUGAAAGUAAAUUCUCGCGAACCUAUUACCUCUCUCCAUUCGCCGGCGAGAAUGGGUGUCUCUAGAUUUAGCUCUCUAGAAGUACAGGUUGCCCGUGUUCCGGAACAGUCUCGAAGUUCGCCGAAGCCGUAAUCGAAACGGUCGUUCGACGAAUCGCCCGACACGAUCGAGCGGAGUCAAGUUUCGCAAUUCGACGCGCGAAAUGCGUGCGUCCGCUGAAAGUACCGGUAACAGUGUCUCGGAGUUCCAGCUAACUUUUCAAUGGAAUUUCUUCCGAGUGUCCUCUAAACCGACGAACUCCUUGAUCGGUCGGGGACAAUGAGACAACUAUACGAAUUGCUAUAAAAAGCCGCUCAACUUUUUCCGGUUUAUCCUUGAAAUCCUCUGUUCAACCUCGCGGGGAUAUUCACGGGGUUCGAUUAAACGGAAUAGAUUGCAACCGGUGGAUUCGUUUCCGCGAGAUAAACGAACGGAACGGACGGUGAAACUGCGUGCAAUGGGAUCAUCGUCGCAGAUACGAUACGUUCGACUGGAAAGUUCGCUGGGAAAUUGUUUGGCCAGACGUAAGUCCGAGGAUCGCCGAAAGGAAGUGACCUUUCCGCGUGAUCUCCGCAGUCCGAAGACGAUCUUUGUCAACUAAAGGGAAAGUCAGGUUCAAUGGGUUCACGAUAAUUGCGAGCCGCGAUAGUGUGAGUCUAAUGAGUCCCCGGAGAGAGGAGAAACUGUGUUCGAAGUAAGAAUGCUGAACGGCAGUGUCCACAUGCGUCGCUUCCGCGAACGUCGACUUCCACCUUUACGUAAGAAAAGUCCUCGUCGAGUCGACCAUGAAUGAUCCCCUGCUGAAUACGGACAGAUCCGAAUAAAGCGUGCCAUUAUUCAUCUAAAUUCAUCGGAGCCGAGGGAGAAAUGAUUUUUCUAUAAAAUUCGGAUCGCAGUUGCUGCAGUUUCGUUAUUAUUACGAAACA